AUUUCAUAAUAUCAAUUUUCUCUCAGUUUUAAGAUUGACACUGAAGUGGCAAAACCAUAUAAAGCAAAUUUACUAGAUGUUGGAAACAAAUAAUCAAGGUACAACCUAAUCUGAACAUGAGUUCCUUAAUUGUGAAAAUAUUCGCUGAAGCUCUAGAAGCAGCUAGGAAGCUAGAGAAGCAAGAAGUUGAGAAUAAAUCCGACAGCGGGGGGUAUCAGCGCAUUGAGGAGCAAAUGGAUCAACUAUUUAAGGAGAUGAGAAAUAUGAGGAUUCAGUUUCAAGAUAUAAAGAAUCAAAUCAAAGAGACUAAGAUUCAGCUGGAAGACACCAAGAUUCAGUUGAAGGACACCAAGGUUCAGUUGGAAGAUGCCAAGAUUCAGUUAAAGGACACCAAGAUUCAGCUGGAAGACACCAAGAUUCAGUUGAAGGACACCAAGAUUCAGUUGGAAGACACCAAGAUUCAGUUGGAAGACACCAAGAUUCAGUUGGAAGACACCAAGAUUCAGUUGGAAGACACCAAGAUUCAGUUGGAAGAUGCCAAGAUUCAGUUGAAGGACACCAAGGUUCAGCUAGAAGACAAUAAGACAAUGUUAGAAUAUUCUAACACUAAAAUCUCAAAACUUGAGGAGAAGUUAGUGGAUAUAGAGCUUACCAAGGCCCUUUGCAAAAACUGCAAUGGGUUAACCUUCUGCCUGGAUGGUCAAGUUGUUCGUAAUACACCAGGUCAUAGAACCAAGAUAAGAGCAAUAAAGAAUACAAUAUACAAGGAUCGCACUGGUAGACAAGUACAGGUGCCUGCUAAUGAUACUGGAGUUGUAGGUGUUAAUAGAAAUCCCACUUACGGACCCGUCGUCAGGUGGAACAAGUCCGGAGCUCAAUAUUGCCAUGAUUUCACUGGAUUUGUUUACUGUUGUAAUUAACUGUAAACAGCUGAAGCUUUAUUGCUCUAAUUUGGUAAAAAUACAGGGUGUCCCACGAAACAUGACAGUCGGUAAAUAGUUUAGAAUGUCUUUUUCCAU